UUCCAAAGUGAGAUCAGAGCCCUCCAGCCUGCCGGGCGGGCGCAGCAUCCGCUGGCCAGCCCAGGUGGAGAGCCUGGGUGAACGUGGGCCUCCAGGGGAGCAAGCCGCCUCUUGCCAAGGAGCCGCAGGGCCACCACGAGCGCGAGAGCCUUGGAUCCCUCAACGUACUGCGAGACCCCGGUGUACAGCCCGGACCUGUGCCCCAACAUGAUCGCCGCGCAGGCCAAGCUGGUGUACCAGCUCAAUAAGUACUACACCGAGCGCUGCCAGGCGCGCAAGGCGGCCAUCGCCAAGACCAUCCGGGAGGUGUGCAAGGUGGUCUCGGACGUGCUCAAGGAGGUAGAGGUGCAGGAGCCGCGCUUCAUCAGCUCCCUAAGCGAGAUCGACGCCCGCUACGAGGGCCUGGAGGUCAUCUCGCCCACCGAGUUCGAGGUGGUGCUCUACCUCAACCAGAUGGGCGUCUUCAACUUCGUGGAUGAUGGUUCCCUGCCCGGCUGUGCGGUGCUCAAGCUGAGCGACGGGCGCAAGCGGAGCAUGUCCCUGUGGGUCGAGUUCAUCACCGCUUCGGGCUACCUCUCGGCACGCAAGAUCCGCUCCCGCUUCCAGACGCUGGUGGCACAGGCGGUGGACAAGUGCAGCUACCGGGACGUGGUCAAGAUGAUCGCCGACACCAGCGAGGUCAAGCUGCGCAUCCGGGAGCGCUACGUGGUGCAGAUCACGCCUGCCUUCAAGUGCACGGGCAUCUGGCCCCGCAGUGCAGCGCAGUGGCCCAUGCCCCACAUCCCCUGGCCGGGCCCCAACCGGGUGGCCGAGGUCAAGGCCGAGGGCUUCAACCUGCUCUCCAAGGAGUGCUACUCGCUGACGGGCAAGCAGAGCUCGGCCGAGAGCGACGCCUGGGUCCUCCAGUUCGGGGAGGCGGAGAACCGCCUGCUGAUGGGCGGCUGUCGGAACAAGUGUCUCUCGGUGCUCAAGACGCUGCGGGACCGUCACCUGGAGCUGCCGGGCCAGCCGCUCAACAACUACCACAUGAAGACCUUGCUGUUGUACGAGUGCGAGAAGCACCCCAGGGAGACGGACUGGGAUGAGGCGUGUCUGGGCGACCGGCUAAACGGCAUCCUGCUGCAGCUCAUCUCCUGCCUGCAGUGCCGCCGCUGCCCACACUACUUUCUGCCCAACCUCGACCUCUUUCAGGGCAAGCCCCACUCGGCCCUGGAGAGUGCUGCCAAGCAGACCUGGAGGUUGGCCAGGGAAAUUCUCACCAAUCCCAAAAGCCUGGACAAACUAUAGGGUGUGCUGGGGACCGCUUGAUCACACUCCCUCUCUCUCUCACACACACAUACACACACAGCACACGCACCAGGACACCACCCACAACUCGGUGGGAACUCUGGACACUCACUUGCAUCUGCAAGACACCCUAAAACCAAGGAGAUUCCUUGGCCAGAAGACCUUCUUCCCCCGUUGGCAAACAAGAAAGGGAGCGGCGAACCCAUCCUACAGAAAGAACCACAUGCUUGCACAAAAGUGAUAGUUUUUUUUCUUCCAAACAAUGUGAAUUUUAAAAGUCACACAAAAGAAGCAAUUGGGCUUUGCUACCACAAAGUGAAAAAAAAAAACAAACAAGGUACAUUUUCAAAUCCAUGUAUGAUAUCUCUCUCCCACCCGACUACCCUUUCCCCUCCUUCCCUUGUCUUUUCUUUCUCUCUCUCCCUCUCUCCUGGCCUCAUUUCGUUUUUUUUCCCGUUGCUUGAAUGUUGUCACCAAGUGAAAAAAAAAAGUAUUUAAUUAUAUGUAAAUUUCUCUUUAAAAAAGUUUUGCUGGUGUUAAAUGUGUCUCAGUGCCAAUGUCAGACUGACCUACCCUCUCUAGCACCUCUACCCUCACCCUAAGCGGUCUUGUUGAAAACAGUAAUAAAAAUAUAACUUUACAUUGUAAUCGUUGUGAAUUGUUUUUAAAUGUAGGCAGGGGAGAUCUGUCUGUAAUCAACAACCUAAAGAGGGAAACCUGAGCUAGUAGAAUGCAGUUUCCAUUUCAAUGCUGAUCUGCAAAACUGACAAGUUCAAUACUUUUGUAGAUUUAACCAUGAAAAGCUCCUACCAAAAUCCUUAGAGAAGAGAAAAUAUUAAGUCUACUCAGUAAAUGUGUUCGUCCUGUAGUGUUUUAAAUGCAAAGAUUUUAUUUCACAUAUGAAAAAAUAUGACCAGGAUUCUUAUAGAAGAACCUACUUUGAGCCUUAUUUUUUUAAA